CUUGCAUUUGAAGGCAGGAUUUUAUCUCCCCUGUGCCUGCUUUUCUAUCCCUGUAACGGCCUCAUGCCAUCGAGCAAUGAGAACGAAAGCACUGCUUCUAAGCAGCGUGUGACGACACUUGUACUCCUUGCACUGGCAAUAUUGUUCCUUUUCCUGCGCAUCAUCUCGCGCAGGAUCAAGCGUGUUCCUCUAGGACUAGAUGACUGGACGUUGAUAUUAGGACUCGUAGGUCAAUUGCCGAUGACCCUGACUGACUCCGUGCAUUGUUGAUUGCAUUCAAGCUCUUCGUUCUAGCCUGUGCUGGUCUCAACUAUGCC